UGACUUUAGUAUGAACAUUGUCCAAGCCAUAUCCCAAACUACAAUUUUUGUUCUUGGAGGUUGUCUAGCAUAGAUCAUUGGCUACGACAAAUAGCUCUAAUCAAUCAAUUAUCGGCACUUUGAUACAUUCUUCGAACUUUUGCUACUCAAGAGCAUUCCUAUUAAUGUGGAGUGGUUUUGGUCAGUUGGAUCUCAAGAAGUGUGAUCUCUUUCGCUCACAGGGAUAUCUCGAAGCCUUGUCCAUCGACGCUCUCCAUUUUUUAACUCUAUUAUGCUUCAAUCACGCGACAAUACCUCCGACUCAGCAAAGAUAGGCGUCAUAAUUACUUUCAGUCUUGUCUUCGGCAUACUGAUUUUGGUGUUAUGCUGCGUAUCUCAAAAAUCUAAAAAUGUGUACCACUCGGAUGUUGAAAGCAUCUCAAUCAUUCCGAUGAGGAGACUCCGUAUAAUUCGCGGCGCAGCUGGCGCUGAUGGGGCCCCUGGUCCUCCAGGACCUCAGGCUAGACCUGGCACAUGUGGUCCACAAGGGAUACCUGGACCUCAGGGAGUACCCGGACCUAAUGGAAUGCCUGGACCUCAAGGAAUGCUUGGACCUCAGGGGGUACCCGGAGCUCAAGGGAUAUCUGGGCGUCAAGGACCAGCUGGCGAGCGUGGUGAAACGGGAUCGCCAGGACGUGACGGCUUAGCAGGUAGGUCCGGGUCGCCCGGUCUAGAGGGUCAAAGGGGUAGAGAUGGCAGAGAUGGCAAAGACGGUAGAGAUGGUAGAGAUGGAAGGGAUGGCAUACCUGGUGCACAAGAUGAACAGGGACCCCAGGGUACACAGGGACUUCCAGGAGAGCCAACUUCUCCUCCUCAAGUUCCUGCUUAGAUCCGCAGAUUGGGACGCGUAUUGGGCGGGGUCAACAGAGCGUUAAUGUAAUUUUGACAGGCUAAGUUGCGAGCAGGCUGCAUGUAGAGUACCACAAAUGACGAAGA